UGUCAAUUCAACAUUUAGUUUUGUUCUUUCGAAAUUGUUCAAAUUUUAAAUUGAAAUGGUGGAGCAACAGAAAAAGCGCUUGGAGGGCGCCAUCAGCGACAUGAUCGAGGACAUGUACCGCACACACUUGCGCAGAAUGCAGUCUACGAUGCACCGCUGUGCCGCCCGCUGCUGCGACGAUGAUCGUGGGACGCUGGAGAGCGUACAGAACUGCAUCGAGAAGUGCGCCGGCCCGCUGAUGGAUGCCCAGGAUUUCCUGCAGCACGAGCUGGGCCAGUUCCAGAAUCGACUUCAAAACUGCGUCAGGGAUUGCAACAGCGAUGCGCGGUCCCAACUGCCGAGCAAUCCGAGUGACCGGGACAUGUCCCGAUCCCAACACAUGUUUGAGAGUUGCACGAACACCUGUGUGGACAAACACAUAAACCUGAUACCUGGUCUGCUCAAGUCGAUCAAGCAAACUCUGGACAGGGGUCCGCCGAAAAGAUCACGCAACAUGGAUGCCUAACGGGGAUGCAAUUCAGGAUCUGGUGGCAUUAAAAAGCACGUCCAGGCAGUUGUCAAUGGUUCACUUAUUUAUUGAAUAUUUUUGGUACAGCUAACACUUAAAGUACACUAAUCGCAACUGUGAUCCGGGAUAGCCAAUGGAAUGGAAUGAGAAGUUAUCAGCGCCAACGUGGCCCUUGCUCGCCAUAUUUGAUAGCUCAGCUCCCGGAUCUUCUUAGGCCCUAGCUCAUUAAAUAUCUAGUAAUAAAGAUUCUUAGUAAUAUGCAACAA